CUAUUUUUAGCGGAAAGGAUGAUGUCACCAUUUGUAUAGAAUUUUGGUAGGGCUUCCCUCAACCUUCAUCCAUCGUUGAUGAUUCAUCCGUUGGUUUGGUGCGGUGAACACCAUUAGUACUGUCCCAGCACUGGCUCCGUCCGAAGUGAUAAAAGCAGGACUUGGUCAUCGCGGACCUCGCAACGAUCUUCAACAUGUACUCCACAACAACGACAAACAGUGAAUCGUCGGACUUGCGUAUGUCCGUCGCCGAUAUUUUAUCAUCGAUGGCGAACGGAUUACCAGACACGACAGUUACGACAACGUAUUCAACAUUCAGCAACGGCCUGACAUCGGGCAUUCCGACACGUACCACAGCUACGCUGACUCCAACGACUCUAAAGAACAUCGAAGAAUCUUUCCUCGAGCUCCAGUCCAUUCCUCCAGCUCCGAUGGAACACCAACACCAAGCAGGCUUUGUGCCGCCAGUAGUCAACAUUGCUCAGUACCAACAGCAGCAGCAGCAACAACAACACGUAGCCGUGAAGCAAGAGAUGGAUGACGAGUGGAUGCCAGCGUGUGCUCAGCACCUCAACAAUGGAAGUGGAAUCUCUCUUCCGACGACGACAGCAUCUUCCACGGCCACACCAGUUACAAAAUCUGGCAGGAACGGAGGGCGCAGGCCUAACAGAAACGAAAAGCUGAGCCCGGAAGAAGAAGAACGUAGACGUGUGAGGCGAGAACGAAACAAACUGGCAGCUGCACGGUGUCGAAAGCGCCGCCUCGACCACACCAACCUUCUUAUCAAGGAAACUGAAGGACUGGAAGAGAAACGCAGCUCCCUCCAAUCUGAAAUCCAGCAACUCCGCAACCAGAAAGAGGACCUGGAGUUCAUCCUGGAAGCCCACAAAGCCACCUGUAAGGCUUUCCAGUCCAAGGGCCAACUACAGACCUCCGACAGCAGCAAAGCCCGCAUGAAGUUCUCUCGACCCAACUCCCUCCCCGUGUCUUCGGCUUUUACGAACUUUGACGGCAGCAGCGCCCUCAGCAUAGCGCCCACCACAACAUCCGUGACGUCGAUCGCCAGCGAGGUAGCGGGCGUCCCGAUACAGACGCCUUCCGCCGGAAUGUUCAGCUUUGAGUCCCUCGUCGAAGGCACGGGGCUGACGCCGUCGGGGACGACGCCCGUGGCGGGUUUUUCGCCGAUGAUCUCGUGCGGAGGACAGCAGCGGAGUUCCAGCAGUGACCUGUCGAGCCCGGACACAAUCAACCCACCAAAACUAGUCUCGCUCUGACGUCCGGAACGUUGGUUGGCGUAGUUUCUGUUGUGUGUGUCUGGUUGAGUUCAUCUCUGCUUGGUUAAUAACUUGAUGGAAUCUGAUCUAAGGUACUGGCGGCGGCUGCUGUCUUCUCGGGCUUGGUUGUGAUAGUUUUGGCCCUCGAGUAUAAAAAUUGUCUAGGUAAAAGAAUCUUGACUUCCGUGAUGAAUGUCGUCGUAGGCGAAAUGCAGUCCGUCAUUUCCCUUUUGCGCUGAUUUAUUUUUUUUUUUUUAUUUGUCUCUCGUAAAAUGUGUAACAUUCUUUUAAUAAUAUGGAUUUGGAAUGUUGCUGUAACAUUUUUAGUGUUGUAGAAGGAAAAUUUGGACAAAGGAGACUCGUGGUUCAUUCCGCAUGAAAUUUCGCGUUCAAUCGUAUUAUGGGCAUUUUUGUGUAGGCUGUCCUGCUUGGAGGAGAUAAAUUACCAGACAGAUUCCUACUGGACUUAAUUGCACUUUGGAUUUUGUGCAGAUUAAGUAAGAACUGUGGAGCCCCUGGCUUGCGAUCAUAAAUCGUAGACACUAGCCCGUUGCUCUGGAAAGACAGCUGCCGCCCAGGCCUCCAGCUGCGAUACUUUUUAUUAAGACUUCCCCCGUCCCCUUAGCAUUCGUGAGUGAUUGUAUACUGCUAUCACCAUCAUCAUCAACUCCCACAAUCAUGUUCUCACAAAUGACUAUCAUAGGCAAAGGAAGUGAUAUCAUCGUUGGCAGCCGUUCUAGACAGUGAAGCACUUUUUUUUUUUCUUUUACUCUACGUGCCUUGGAGAAGUAUUGUCGGCAGGCCCCAGCGAGGCCCACCAUUCCGAGGCUGGCAUUCUGAAAGAGUACCGUAUUUGACACAGCCUUCGAUAUUGGAGAGCAUUUUGACGAAACCUCCCAGUGAGACUGAUAUCAUCAUGUGUGUAACACUAGUCGACGAUGCAGCAAUACAGGCGCUAGUUGAUGACUGUAGCUAUUGGGGAAAAUUAGCGAUAUUUGUGAGCAUAUAUAAGCUUUUUGAUUCUUAUAUACUAUAGGAGCAGGGGUGUAACAAGUUGGGGUGGGGGGGGGGCUUGUAUGUAUGGAGCCAUUUCUUCACAAUGGCUCAGGUUGAUUCGCUGAAGCGCUGAAGAAAUGUGAUCACCAUUUUGCCUCGUUAAUGUCGGAGCAAAGAUAGUUUCUUUUUUUUUUUUUUUUUUGUGCCACCCCUGUCACCCCCUGAAAAAGCGCUCUAGCCAUGCCCCUCAAUAGGAGCAACGUAUUUAUUUCUAUUGCAUCAAAUCUCUGAACCCAGCAUUGCUUUAUCUUUCCAGUACGAACAAUGGCGCUAAAUUCAUCAUCCGUAAAUAAAAUUACGUUGCAUAUUAUGGCCGGUAGAGCCAAGCUCAAGUAUUUCUUUUAGUAACUUCUUUAUAUAUUCCUUAUAACUUCCAUAAACCCGAUAAUAAAUUGGGAGUGCACUGUCUCCAGUACACUUGGUACUUACAUGUGUCUCCGACUAAAACAGUGUCUUGAAUAUUUCCCACGUCUGGGUGCUGCGUAAGCCAAACUUGCAUCCCCAUACCAGCAAGAUGCGAGAUUCUGUACCUUUACCAGUACAAUUCCCCAAUAGCUACCAAGUCAAUAUUGAGAAACUGCUUAUGCUCUGAUUGUGUUUUUGAAGAACACUGCGCAAAUGCUUUGCUGUGUUCAGCAACAUAUAUUAUUGUCUACAUAAAUAUACAUGCUAUAAUAAGAUGCUCUAUCCAAAUGUGUACUAUGCAAGUACUAAUGGAACUGUUGUGCCAUUGUCAAACAUCUAUGACAAAGCUACUUUAUUGUACUAUAUUGCAAAUGAACGUAGGAUAAUAUAUUGCACGUUUUUUAUAAUAGAUCUUGAGCAAUAAUGCAGCAAAGGGUGUAAGUUUGAUCAUGGUUGUGCAUCUACUUCGGAAAUGAGUGUCACAAUGCUCAGGUGUGUAUGCGUUGAAAGGUGAUUUUGAUUGAUUAGUUCCGAUUAAUCAUGAAAGACAGAGGCACUGUUUUCUUUUCUUUUUUUUUUUUCCUAUCUUGCCAAAGAUGAUGUUUUGUGCUAGGUUUUGAGAAGUGAAGUCACUGUCAUACUAGGCAUGUGGUGCCCUUAACUUAUUUGUGGGUAAUUUUUACGAGGCUUGUAUGUCAUUGGCCAGUUCAGCGUCAUUUGGACAAAAGGAGUCUGUCCAAGCUUUCACAUUGCAUUUAGACAUCAAUUUCAUCUUGUGCUUGAUUGCUACAAAGAAGUCAUAUUUUUAUACAUGCACACGUGUGUAUGCAACUUGAAAUUCAUGUUCAGAAUAAAGCUGAUGAUAGUGUGCAUUACA